AUGGUCCUGCACAACCCCAACAACUGGCACUGGGUGAACAAGGAUGCAUCUGGCUGGGCGAAAGAUUGGUUUGGCGAAAACCUGACCAAGGUUGAAGCUGAAAAUGGAGACGUCAAGGCCAAGAUCACCAAGAUCCAGAGCAUGUCCGGCGACGUCGACGUCAGCCAGCGCAAGGGAAAAGUCAUCACAAUCUUUGACGUGAAGCUAGUGCUGGAAUAUUCCGGAUCCACCGCCGAGAUCGAAGAGGUCUCAGGUAACAUUACUGUCCCCGAGAUUGCUCACGAUACUGAAGAGGACGAAUAUGUGUUCGAGAUUGACAUCUUCUCAGAAUCAAAGGAGAAGCAGCCUGUCAAAGAUCUUGUUCGAUCAAAGCUCGUUCCCCAGCUGCGAAAAGAAUUCCAGAAGCUUGCUGGUGCAUUGAUUGCCGAGCAUGGAAAGGAUAUUCAACACGCCCCUGGAUCUAACCCAUCCAGUGGCUUCUCUACUCCUAGAACACUCGUCCAAUCCUCUGCAAAGCCUGCAGCUCAAACCACAACUUCUCAAGUAAGCAGCUCUGGUGCUGUCAACACGGUAACAGUGCGUGACGACCAGGAGUUCCGUACUACUGCUGAAGAGUUGUAUGAGACCUUUGUCGACCCCCAGCGGUUGGCUGCCUUCACGCGCGCACCGCCAAAGCUGUUUGAGGGUGCAAAGAAGGGAGGCAAGUUUGAGCUGUUUGAUGGCAACGUUUCCGGAGAGUACCUUGAGCUGGAAAAGCCCAAGAAGAUUGUCCAAAGCUGGCGGCUGAACCAGUGGCCAGCUGGUCACUACUCAAAGCUUAACAUUGAGUUUGAUCAGAACGACAUCGACCACGUCACAGUCAUGCGUGUCACCUGGGAGGGUGUCCCUGUCGGCCAGGAAGACGUUACCAAGAGAAACUGGGGCGAAUAUUACGUCCGAAGCAUCAAGCAAACUUUUGGAUUUGGCACCAUUCUGUAA